AUGACUGAUAAAAGACGUGAUUGUAUCAUGGAGACAAUAACUUGUGGACAUGAUUACACAACAACUUCAAUACAUCAUCAUGGAACAAAUAUCAAUUUGGAAAAUAAUCCUAUGCAAACUUUCGAAAAUAAUACUUCACCUUAUUUUAUUAAUUCAAAGCCAAUAGAUCGAUUGAUGGUCAACACAUCCGGUAUAUAUGUGAAUAAGAAUCAUUAUAAUGAAAAUACAUCAGGUGUUUUGAUGAAUGUGGAAAAUUCCCAACAUACAGACAGUGCAAUACAUACUUUAGUUAGUAAUAGUAAUAAUACUACUACUACUACUGCUACUGGUGUGAAUACUACAAAUGCUGGAAAUGACGAUGCAGAUGUAACAAUGUGUAUAUGUCCAGUUUGUGGUUUCUCUGCAUCAUCUCCACGUAGACAAGAUGAACAUAUGGAACUAGUACAUGGUGAUGUAACAGUAUCUAAUAUUUUAACAACCAGUAAUUUAACAUCAAUCACACCACCAACAUCAACUAUGAUAACAAUGAAUCAAGAGAAUUCUGACAGUCCUAAAUCAUCUAUAAAAUCUAUGAAAUUAGAUUGGCCCUUAGAAAUGAAUAAUUCAACAUCUUUUGAUUUUUUUCAAUCACAUCAACCAACAAUGAAUUUACAACAACAAAAAUAUCACUCAUAUAAUUCGUUUGCAUUACAAGCAUCAUCUACACCACAACGUGUAAAAUUUUGGUCAACCGAGCCGGAACAAAUCAAUUCAUCAUUAACAACAACAAGUGAACAAAUGCUUAAAAAUCAAAAGUUAGAUACUGUAUAUAGUAAAAAUCAUAGUAACUGUUGCCAUACUACUACUACUACUACUACUACUACUACUACUACUAAUACUAAUACGAAUAGUGUGGGAGGGACUAUUGAUAAAUUUAAGAUAAUUUCCACGAAUACUGGUAUUAAUCCUGGUACUACAAGUACAACUUAUACUAUUGCGACGAUAACAACGACUUGUUCAAACAACUCAUCAUCAUCAACAUCACCAUCUACAACAGAGAUUCAUUCAAAAUUCAAAAGUUCAAAAAUGACAAACAAUAAUAAUAAUGAGAUAAAAAAAUCUGAGAAAUCUCGAUCAUAUUCAUCAUCAUUGAAAAAUGGUAAAUCUAAGGAGAAACAAAAAUGUUUCUCAUUAUCAUUAUCAUCAUCGACAUUAUCCUUAUCAACAUCCUCAUCACCAUCUUCAUUGUUAUCCGUAACAACAUCCCCAUCGUCUAUUACAACAAUUACAACCACAACAGGAACGGGAACAGCGACUAAAGUAAUCACAGUUGGAGAUGAUGAUGACGAUCGUCAUCAUCCAGUUGUGAAGAAAGUCGACUCAAGAAGACGUUAUCGAUGUAACAUUUGUCCAACAACAUUUCCAUGGCAUGGUGAUCUAACAGAACACUUACGCUCUGUGCAUGGAAUGCAAAAAUCACGUGAAAAUGCACGUAAUGGUAAAGCUGGAAGUUUUUGUUGUAGUCAUUGUAAAUAUGUUGCAAAAUAUCAAAGUGAAUUAAAUCGUCAUAUGCGAUUACAUUGGGGUGUUAAACCAUUCAUAUGUGUUUUUUGUCCAUAUCGUAGUGCAUGGAAAGGUGAUUUAAAACGUCAUAUGGAAUCACAUCAUAGAGAACGUUUUACAUGUGAAACAGAAUUAAUUAAAAUUAUGUCACAAUUUAAAAAUAACGCUGGUACAAGAACAUCAGCAGCAGCAGCAUCAUCAUCAUCAAUGACUAGUGGUUAUGGACAUACUUCCACAUUGCCUAUUUCACAAUUUGAUAUAACAACAGAAAGUAGUGAAGGUGAUAAUACAAGUGAUCGAUACAAUUGUUUACAUAUUGAUGAUAAAGAAGAAAAUAUUAUAAUUACUACUACCAGUACUAUUACUACCACUACCACUACUACUACUACUACUCAUGAUAAUAAUAAUAGUAGUAAUAAUAGUCUUAGUAUUGAUGUUGAAAAUUCAGAUGACAGUUCCAAUGAAAGUGAUGAUAAAAUGAACUCAAUUGUUAAAUCAUACUCACGUAAACAUUCAUUAAAAACUAAUUACUCACUAUUACAUAAUGAAUCAAACAGUAUGGAUACUAUCAAUAAUAUCAAUGGUAAUAAUACUAAUAGUAGUAUUAAUAGUACUGUAAACCUUAGUAAUACUAUGAUAAAUAAUUAUCUACCUCAAAUGGCAAUAGCUGAAAAUAGUUUAAUCUGUCAUAUUUGUUCAUAUCAUGCACAAAAUCAAAGUAAAUUCAAAAAUCAUAUGGCUAGUCAUAUAAAUUUAAAACAAUUUAAAUGUCCAAUCUGUGGACAACGUAGUAAUUAUAAAUGGGAUAUUACAAAACAUUUAAAAAAACAACAUCCAAAUAGUAAUCAAUUACCAAUUACAAUAAUCAAUAAUGAUAUAGAAACAAUUGAUGAACAAUAUAUGAAUACAUCAAUUGGAUCAAUACCAAUCUCUUUAACAAUGUAUUCAACAACAACAACAACAUCAUCAUCAUCAUUGCCUAUGACUUCAUUGAUCAAUUCACAAUCUUGUACUUCACAAAUACAAUCAUGUAUAUUACCAAGUCAAUCAUCAAUUGUUUCAUUGAUUCCAAUAACACAACCAUUAACAGUAUUCUCUCGACCACAGAUUACAUCCAUAACACAAUCAUCAUUAUCAUCAUUAACAUCAUCACAUUUAUCAGGUUUAUCUGGAAUUUCACCAAAAUCCAAUGAAAUGAUUUCAUUAGAUAAUGAAUGUAAAAAUUAUUCAAAAAUUUCAGAUCAUCAAAUGACAUCAAAUGAUCCUUUGAAUUUAAUUGCAUAUUCAUCUAUAAAACAAUUAUCAUUAACAACAUCAUCAUCUUCAUCAAUAGUAGCAUCACCAUCUAAGAAUUCUUCAUUAAUACAAAAUGAUGAAGAUGAUGAUAUAUUAUCAGUGAAUGAUUCAUUACCAAUUGAUCUAUCAAUUGGAUAUCUUCAUAAACAUGAUGAUAUUAAGAACCCUAUACUACUUACAAAUACACGUCCAUCAUCAUCGGAAUUAAUGUCAAAAAUUUCAUUCGGAAACAAUCAUCAUUAUGCUUAUCCGAAUUUUUCUGCAGAGUUAAAUAAUAGUACUUAUUCAGGAACGAAAUGUUUUACCACGACGACAACAACAACCAUAGCAUCUCCUAGUAUAAUUACUUCUAAUUCUACUAUUACGACUGACAAUACAUUAUCGGAUACAAGAUUUCAUUAUCCUAUUUUAUCUAAUUCACAACAGAAUAUUACGCAUAAUAUUACUAAUACUACUACCAGUAAUACUAAUAGUACUUCAAUAUCACCGUAUAUAAUUGGUUCAUUAAUUUCUGACCCAUUAAAAAAUAAUGCAUCAUCAAAUCCAACGAUUAAUUUGCUAUUCAAUAUUCAACAACAGGUUUUAAUGACUGGUCUCUUACAAACAUGGCAACAACAACACAGUCAAAGGUAUCACGAAUUAAAGCAACAACAACAGUCAGAACAAUACAAGAAUUUAACUAUGCAUUAUGAUACACAUGGAGGAGUAACAACGUAUUCUGACAAUAUUAUUAGUACGACAUCACCUAUUACAUCCACAAUACCGACAAACCUUUCGCCUAGUAGUAGUAAUAAUAAUAAUAAUGUAACACAAAUUACUAGGACAGUAACUGCUUCGAAUACAACAUUUAGUGGUACUGCUACGACUAAUACUGUCACUAGUACUACAAUGGCUACGUCUAAUACACCAUAUCAUACAAUAUUUAGAUCAAUUGCAAAUCAUCAAUUAUCCGGAUUAUUACCAUCAUCGAUUACAACAACAAUUCAAUCACAAAUGAAUGAAAAUUUAAAUAUUGAUUUUACUAAACAUAAUAAAUUAAAAAAUAAUCAAUUAUCAAUGAAUUGGGAAAAUAUAAAAUCCACAUCAGAUUGGUCUAUACCAUCAAAUAUUGAUUCAUUAGAAUUAUCGAAUAAUUUACAAAAUCAAAAUCAAUCAAAAAAUCAAUUACAUGUUAAUCGAUUUUUUACACCAGGUAGAAGAAAAGAAUCUCAUCGUUUAUUAACUAGAAAUAAUACAGGACGUAAAUCUGCACCAGUUACUAGUUUAUUUAAUUGUCCUUUAGAUGCGAAUAAUCCUAUUUGUACUGUUACUAAUAUAAGUUGUGGUCAUCGAUCCAAUUGGAAAUGGGACAUCAAUAAACAUAUUAAAGUUGCACACCCAGAACGUACAAACAUUAUAACAAUUACAUUAGAUUUAGAAGAUGCUAAAAGCACGUAUAAUGAAUAUAUGAAUCGAAUGAAAUUAUCACGUAAUCGAUAUUUAACUGAAACACAUUCAGAUAUAUCAACAAAUUCCAAUCCAUGGAUAACUUGUGUUGGAUUGACUGGAAUAACAAGUACUAGUACUACUACUGCUACUACCACGAUUACAACAACUACUGGUGAAGGUUAUUACAGACCAUUUAAAUGUUCUGUUUGUGGUCAUAGAAGUAAUUGGAAAUGGGAUGUCGGUAAACAUAUAAAACAAAUUCACAAUGGAAAUGGAGAAGUACAAACAUUAAGUUUAGAAGAAGCUAGACGAACUAUACAUCAAUAUAAAAAUCGAAGACGUCAGCAUCAUCAUCAUCAUCAUCAUCAUCAAAAUCGUCUUAGUGAUUUAACAAUUAAAUGUGAACCAAGCUUUUGUAGUUCAUCUGAAUCAAAUAUUAAUCUAUCACCUAUAUCCUUAUCCGUUGGUGAAGGUAUUGUCGAUUUGCCUGUUUCAUCAACCUCUUCCUCUUCUUCCUCCUCUUCCUCCUCGUCAUCCUCAUUAUCUUCAACAUCGAAACAAAUUUUGCAUAAAAAUGAUGAAGAAGUAAAAAUUGAUUAUACCAUUAAUAAUCAUCAUCAUCAUCAAGAUAAUAAAUUUCCUUUAUCUUUUGAGUGUAGUCCACUUAAUUUAACUACUAAUAAUUCAAACCUAAUAAAAAUGACAAAAUCAUUAAAAUGUCAUAGGAAUAAAUCAAAAUCAUCUAUUCUUCAUAGAAACAAUCGACUAUUCAUUAAAUUUGGAUGUAAAUUUUGUUCAAUUAAAUUAAAUUCAUGGAAAUCUAUCAUAUUUCAUGUUUAUAUGAAACAUUGUCAACAAUUAACGGUUCCCUUGACAACUUGUAUUAAUAAUAACAAUAAUAAUAGUAAUAAUAAUGAGUACCCCUUAAAAUAUUUCCCUGUAAGAUUACGAUUUAUCAAUGAAUCUACAAAUCAUAAUCAAAUUGAUUUAAAACCUUUAAAAUUUUUAAAACAUCAUUUUAAUAAUUUAAAUCAACAAAUGAAUUCUAUGAAUAAAAAUAAAUUAAAAUAUUCAAAUGAGACAAUAUCUUGUGUUCAAUUAGAUCAAUAUAAUAAUCAAUAUUCAACCGAAAAUAAUAAUCAAUAUAUAAAUCAUAUAAAAAUCAAUUCAUCAUUUCCUAUAAAUAAAUCAAUAAAAUCGAAAUCAAUCCCAAAUUUUAUUGAUUAUAAUUCAUUAAAAUAUAAGAAAAUUUUAAGAAAAUAUCAAUAUUUUAUUGAACGACAAUAUAAAUAUCAAAUAAAUAAUAAUUCUAAUCCAUUAUUAAAUAUAACACAAUUAAAAUCGAAUUCUUCUGAUUUAUUAUCAAUCAUUAAAAAUACUAAUCAUCCUCAGCAACAUCAUCUUCAUCAGCAACAACAUUAUCACCAAGAACAUCAGCAACAAUAUCAACAUCAUCAUCGACCAUUUCGUAAUUUAAUUAGUUCAAAUCAACAAAUUAAUAAUACAAAUAAAAUUAUUAUACAAAAUAAUUCAUUAAUUAAUCAAUAUAUUACUGAUAAUUAUCAAUCUAUCAAUAAAUCAAAUAAUAAUGGAACAAUUUUACAAUUAGCUCAUUUAUUAGAUGAAGUAUUAAAUUUAUUUAAAACACAAUUAAACAUAGAAACAACAAAACAUGAUGUUGCUGAGGUAGAGAAGGAGGAGGAGGAGGUUAGUGAUAGGGGGAUUAAUAAAAAUAAUAUUGGGAAAAUGUUAAUAAAUCAAGAAAAUGAAAAAAAUAAACAUAAUUGGAAUAAUCAUAAUGUUAUUAAUCAUUUAACCGAUAUGAUACAUGAAACAGUGGAGAAAAAUGAAAAUUUUACUUAUACUAAUGAAUUAAUUAAUUCUAGUACAAGUUCUAAUGAAGAAAAUCAUGAAUUAAUAAAUAAUAACAAUAAUAAUAAUGAUAAAUCAACAUAUUACAAUUCAAUAAAUAAAAUUUUAAAACAUCCAGAAAUUGAAAAACGAUUUCUUCAUUUAGCAAAUUUGCUACAUCAAGUAUCACAUGGAACUCAAUGA